AUGUUAUUGGGCAUAACGCCUGGUAGCAGUGGAGGCAGUACAUACGGUGAUUAUACUUCUUGUGGAUCACCAGAGGUUGAUGUGGUUGCAUUUACUCCAAUGCUACAACAGAGUCCUAACCAGGAAGAGGAGAAGAAGUAUUUUUGCCAACGAUGUUUAAAUCAUGGUGAACAACAUCCCAGAAAAGGCAGAUAA